AGCAGUUUUGUGUGAAUUGGGGCUGAUUUGCAGCCGCAAACGGUGCAAGAUUGGGUGCUUUUGCUGGCGUUUAAAUGCUGUUGCAACAGCACUUUGCACCCUUCAGAAAUAAUUGGAUCGACACCUAUGGAGGUUGCUUUUGUGGUCACAAAUGGAGGGACACUGGCAAAUAUCGGAAAUAUCUGUGAUGGUCCCUGUUCCUUGAAUCCUCAGGAGCCUUCUUGUUCCACAAAAAUGUUCUUUAACCAAUAUGUUAAUAUAUCCAGUGGUUUUGAAGGAGGCUAUGGUGGCUCUGGAAUGGGAGGAGGUGGAUAUACGCAGUCACCUGGAGGCUUUGGAUCCCCAGCCCCCACACAAGGAGAAAAGAAAUCUAGAUCUAGGGCACAACAAAUAGUACCCUGUACAGUAUCGCAACUUCUGUCUGCUACCCAAAAUGAUGAGCUGUUCAGGAUUGGAGAGGUUGAGCUUUCCCAGGUCACAAUUGUUGGCAUAGUGAGACAUGCAGAAAAAGCUCCAACAAACAUCUUGUAUAAAGUAGAUGAUAUGACUGCAGCACCGAUGGAUAUUAGGCAGUGGGUCGACACAGAUGAAGCAAGUUGUGAAAAUGUAGUAGUGCCUCCUGGGAGUUAUGUAAAAGUCUCUGGUCAUCUUCGUUCCUUUCAGAAUAAGAAGAGUGUUGUUGCAUUUAAGAUUGCACCUCUUGAAGACAUGAAUGAGUUUGUAUCACAUAUGUUGGAAGUUGUUCAGGCUCACAUGAGUCUAAAUGCCCAGAGUCCACCUGUAAGUGUUGGUGGUGGAUCUUCUAUGGUGCUCAGUACACCUGGACGAUUGGGAAAUACAGGAGGAAGCUUCACAGGAGGAAAUGACAUACAAACUAAUGGGCUGACGCCACAUCAGAGUCAGAUUUUAAAUUUAAUUAAAAGCUGCAAAGGGAAUGAAGGCAUGGGUGCUGAUGAACUGAAGGCAAGGCUUCAUGGAAUGAAUGCGAAUACAAUUAAGCAAGCUUUGGAUUUUCUCAGCAAUGAAGGUCACAUCUAUUCCACAGUGGAUGAAGACCAUUAUAAAUCAACAGAUGGUGAUUAAGAAGAGAAGUUUAAGAAAAAAAUUUGAAAGAACCUAAUCUGGCUGCAGUAUUGGCUGCUUAUAUAAACACUGUGUGUACUGCAACCUCUUUUCUAUAGCGGCUUUGGUCUUGCAGGCACACAGACAUUUGAAAGACUAGUAAUUCCGUGCACUUCUUUAGAAUGGGAUACACUUCUUGUAAUAUCACAUUAUCACUGCAACGGGCUUAUUCUAGAAUUGCCUGUUAAUAACGUGAUGUCCUUUUUUUUAUUUUUUUUUGUGAGUUACACAAAAGCACAUGAUGAGAAUGGCCUCUGGUACAGUUGUAUUAGAUUUGUUGGGUGAAAGUUGGUUUUUCAUGGCCGCUUUAUUUCUACAGUUUAAAUUGAAUUGUAUCUUUAUUUUUUUAAAGAAGCAUACAAGUAAAUGUGUGUAAUGUUUUGGGUACCUAAGCUUAAAAUUAAAAGUACACCGACUCAAGGAA